GAGAGAAAGAGAGAGAGAGCUAGAGACACACACACACAGAGGGGGAGGCUGGUUCCUGAUACCGAGACACGGAAAAGCAGGGGAGGGAGAAUCAGAAAAAGACGAGCGUGGAGAGAGGGAGACAGCGAGCAGGGGAAUUACACUGACCGACACACACGCGUCUCCCAGCUGACUGCUGACAUUGUUGACGUGCUCACUCUCUCAAACCUGUCACGAGCGAAAUACUGGAGCUCCGACGCAUCGACAUCGCGCGCCCCCAGAACUCAUGGGUUAACAGACUCUGUUCAGGAGAAGCAGCCACCCGUUAGUCCAAUGAAUAACCGGAAGGAAGACAUGGAGAUCGCGUCGCACUACCGGCAGCUCCUGCGGGAGCUGAACGAGCAGCGGCAGCACGGCAUCCUGUGCGACGUGUGUGUGAUCGUGGAGGGCAAGAUCUUCAAGGCGCACAAGAACGUGUUGCUGGGCAGCAGCCGCUACUUCAAAACACUUUACUGCCAGGUGAAGAAGGGCUCAGAGCAGCAGGCCACCAUCACACACCUGGACAUCGUCACAGCUCAAGGCUUCAAGACCAUCCUUGACUUCAUGUACUCCGCCCACUUGGCGCUCACAAGCAAGAAUGUGAUCGAAGUGAUGUCAGCCGCCAGCUACCUGCAGAUGACCGACAUAGUGCAAGCGUGUCACGGCUUCAUCAAGGCAGCACUAGACAUCAGCAUUCGCUCCGAGCUUGCAGACGAACUUGCGGAUAUUGAGAUGGGCAAUGUGGUGAGCUCUAUUGGAGGCGGGGCUGGGCCCGGUGUGGGUGGAGCUUCGGAAGCACUGGCAUCCAUGAUCUCGGCCCGCAGUUCCUCGCCGUGGUUGGCCAGACGCACCAGCCCGGCCAACUCAUCUGGAGAUUCAGCCAUCGCUAGCUGCCACGAAGGCGGUAGCAACUACGGCAAAGAAGACCAGGAACCCAAAAGCCAUGAGAGCCAGGAGGAUGCUUGUUUGCAGCCCUUGUGGCCUGCUGAUUACCGUUCUGUCCAGGUCAAAGAGGAGCGGGUCUCCCCCUCCAAUCUGCAAGAUGGGGCUGGCCGAGUGGCACAAGGCACGCCUGGAGAGCAAGGUGGACGAGGAGAUGGGGGCUGGCAACCCCCUGGCUCGGGCCGCAGGAAGAACCGCAAAAACAAGGACACGGUCAGACACAUUACGCAACAGAAUGAAGGGGACAGUCGGACGGCAUCGCCGCUGCCAUCCAUGCUCUCCAAUCCAGGCUGGAACUACGGCAACCAGGAAAUUCCAGGUGUAGAAGUGACGGACCCCAACAUUUCCGACAGCCGUGGCGAGCGCAUGGACCUCCUGGUAAAGCAGGAGGAGGCCACAGCGGGGGACGGCGGGUUUCUGUCCGGGGAGCGGGAUGAGGCCGUGGCCCAGGAGAGAGCAGGUUCGGUGGCCAACCUGCGAGCUGCCCUCAUGAGCAAGAACAGCUUGUUGUCUCUGGGGGCGGAGAUGCUCGGAGAGGAGAACCCGCUUCUGUUCGACUACCUGCCCAAGGGAGGACACUCUUUCUCACGGCCUCGUUGCUUCAAUGGCAGCAGCAGCUUCCACCAUCCAGGGGCCCUGUUUGGUAGCAAACACAGGUCGUCUACAUCUUCUCCUCCGUCUACUCUUCCUCCUCUUCCUCUUCUACUGCCGCCUCCGCCAUCCGUGCCACGGCCCCCAGGGGCCCUCAGUAUGCCACAGUCUGGGGGGCCCCCAGACGAGCUUUAUGAGGAACGGGCCCCGAAGGCCUCACCCACUGAGGAGGAAAUGCAAGAAGACAAUAGACCAAAUAACAAUGCAGGGCUGGAGCGUGUCCAGGUUCCUGUAGAGGAAGAUCAGAUGGUGGAGGAGAAGCAUGGAGUGUGUGUGGCGGAGGUGCAGGGCGGAGGGCCGGGCUGGCGGCAGGAGCUCGCCUGCUCUCUGUGUAAGCAACUGUUUAGCAGCCUGCUUCAACUGAGACAGCACGAAUACAGCCACACGCUCUCGCUCAUGGCCCUCUCGCUGGACUGCCUCGACCACCAUCGCCCUCUAGUGGCCACAUCUCCUCUCAACCCUCCGCCAGCGCGCUACCAUUGUUCGCAGUGUCCCGCAAGCUUCACCCUCAAGUCCAACGCCGACCGCCAUGAGAAGACCAUCCACCUCAAACGGAAGCUGAUGCAGUGCAUGUACUGUCUCAAGCACUUCCGCGACCGAACAGACCUGAACCGCCACCUGUCGUCCGUGCAUUCCAGUGACCGCGUGUACACGUGUCCCGCUUGCUCCCGAACCUUCAGCACGCAGAAAAACCUGGCUACCCACGGCAAGGUCUGCUGUCAGUCGGGAAUCUCGCCCACUGAGCAGCUGUGGAACCUGCACGGCUUACAGGAAGAUGACCAUAUCCGUAUAAACGAUUGAUUCUCCAAACCAGCAACAUUUAUUACUUCAUUACAAAGGGAAUGUGAUACAAACUUCAGGUCAUCCCAAACCAGGCCUUCCCCAACUUUUGGCCACAGCACUGUUGACAUUUCUACACUUCUUUUUUUUUUUUUUUUUUACUGUACAUCAGAUUUGUAUGUUCUUCGAAUACCUAAACCGUCAGGUUCCUUUUAUGACUACUGCAUAUGGCUGCUGAGGCACAAACGCUAUGCAAAAUAAAGACAUUUUAUGUAAUUUCUCUUGUCGCAUAUAGAGCUGUCUGCUUUUUGUACAACACAGGAUUAUUCAAGGUUUUACUGAAGAUUGGAGAACAUAGAGAUUUCCGUGCAUUGGAUGCCAAUGCUUUUUCAUUCUGGGUGGCUUCGCACCCCUCUCUUUGCCAGCGAACUAAUCUUAUUAUGCUUAGAUGGACUCAGGCGCAGGGUUUACUAACUCAGAGUAGUAAAUUUAGCUGUUAAACCUGUGCACAAUGCUGCCCUCUGCAGGAGAAACUCUCUCUUGUAUUCUGCACUUGUGUGACAAGAUGAUUAGGGAUGAAAACGAUUAGGCAAUGUGCUAAAUCUUUCAGCAAGUUAGGUUUUCUUCAAAUGUAUGCGUGUGUGUGUGAGUGCAUUGAAUCAUGUCAGUAAUUAGCUCUUCUCGGCUCUCUCCCAUCCUAAAUCGCACUGAUAAAAGAGAUGUAAGAGGAAAAGAUGUAAGUCCUUUAAAGUUGUGACCGGUCCUUGUGUGACCUCACACUAGUCUCCAACCUGACCGUAACAGCCAGUAGAAUGAUUGAAGGUGUUUCUGGACAAAUUAUAGUUGUGUUUUUAUAUCUCUAAUGUUAAAUCUCAUGGAGCGCCCAAGUGUUUUUUAAAUCUUGAAAGUUAGCUGUGUUUUUGUCAUUGAGUGGUCAGACCACAAAUGUAUUAAGUUGAGGUCGUGGAUAUCUUUGAGGCAGUCUACACUUGUAGUAAUACCUAGAGGAAACAUCGUUAAUUAAACCAGUUAAUUAUUAAUUACAAUUUUCACACAACAUAUGUCAUAAAAUGUCCAGGUUACAGAAUGAAAGCAUGACGGUUCUCUUUCAAAAUGUUAAGUGUGUUGCUGCACUCAAUGUGGGGUGAAUUGUGAAAUGAAUCACUGUUUAUCGUCUAUGCAAAGAAAGAGAGAGAGAUCUGCACUGACGUUUUCAAGGUCUUAGCACUUUCUCCUCAGGAGACGAAAGGACUGAUGCACUCUGAUAUUGUCUGAAGAGGUUUGAAUGGUGGGUGUAAAAACACAUCAGACAUCUCAGUCACGGCUGUUUUGAAUUGCACUAUUUUUUAUAACUGAAAUGGAAAAAAAAUAAUAUUUCAACUAAUACCAGAUUUCUGUAAAUUAUGUAUUUUGGAACAUUACUAUUGAUGUAAUUUUUUAGGCAAUAAAUUUUGACGUAAAGCAUCAUGAAAACUGUGGUCAUUUGAUUUGACAAAUAAUAAAAAUAAAUUGAGAACCUGUUAUAUAAAAAAACGUCAGCUACAGAUUUUUAGUUAGGUCACAAGGGGUUUAUUUGCUAUUUUAAAUUUAAGCUUGUUGUCAUCAUAUAUCAGAUCAAAGCAUCAGCUGUUUAAAAAGUGUAGAUUGUCAAUUUCACGGCAGCUGUUCAGAUUCUGAGGUAGUAAAUGUGAAACGUUUUGGUUUUGUCAUUACAGCAGCACAUGCUCAUCAGGUCUUUCAUGUGUAUGGAUUAUUAGUUAAACCUGGGCUUCAGGUUUGUUCUUACCUAAAUGGCGCUCAUCCGCUUAUUAGCUAGACCAAUGCCUAAUGAGAUUACAGUCAUCACAGUAUGAAUAACACAAAGCACAUGCCUCUGUAUGAGUCUUUUACUAACAGAAGACUGAAAAAAUAGAACAAGAACAAGAAGUAGUGGAAUUGAUGUUUGCUUUUGUGAGUUUGGGUUGAUAAUUUGUGCAGCAAUUGUUCAGCAAACAAUAGCAAGCUAUGCUAUGCUGCAUUGUGGGUUUUUCAUCUUUCUUUGUUGAAUUUGAGCAGUAAAAUCUGUUUCGGUGCUGUGGUUGCUAGGGAAACUGUCUUUUGGGGCUGCUUUUGGUAGCUAAGGGCAGGUGAGUUAGGGAGAGUAUCCCUCUCGCAGUUUGUCAGUGCUUUGGCUAUCUUCAGUGUCUGCCACUAGAUGACACAGUGAAAGGAUAGGAGGGAUUGGACAGAAAAUACAGUGACUGAUGUGAAAGUACCAGUAAUAAUAAAUGCACACAUGUAGAAAUCGAAUAUUCAAGCUGUUUAUAUAUAUAUAUAUAUAUUUUUACCUCUAAACUAAAAAUGAAUAUUUAAGCUGGAUUUAAAAAAAAAAAAAACUAAAAAGCUAAGAAGGAGACGUUUAUUCAUCUUUCUACUUUCAGUAUUAAAUAAAAAAACUAAUGAACGAAUGAUACACUGAUUGUAUCCCUCCACGGAACGCCAACUUAAAAAGUUUGGUUCAUACAGCAAAAACUGAAAAUUUCAAUAUUGACCUUUUUUUUAACCAUUUUUCGUUUGCCAGAUUGAAUGGAAUAAUUGAAUGAUCAGAUGAUACACGGACCAGAUGAACAUGAACUGAUUAACAAUCAAAUUAACAAUCAAAACCAGCCCAGCAUGAGCCCAAUCAUGUCCCUCCAUCACGUUCCGGGGAGGUCACUUCAAGCCCCUGCAACCCAUCGCAACAGUGUAAAAUCAUCCUAUUCUGAAGUAAAACUGCAGGCAUCGCAACCCUGUCACCAAAUUUGUUUGUGCAUCAGUAGUGUGAAAUUUGGGGUGGAUGAAUGCUUAGCUGUCGAGAAAGUACUUUAACAAUGUAUUUUUAAAUAUGGACCUUGUAAUGGCCAUUUUUUUUAUUGAAGCAAAUUCAAAUUCGUAUUUCUUUUCAUUUAGAGGUAAUAUUUGACCUGGACAUGUUCUUCCUGCUGGCUAAUUCUGAUGUAGAGUAAUGUCCUUGUUUGGGUUAAACCCCUCAUAGCUUUACAGAAUGCUAAUGCUAUGUUCAGGGCUUUAACACUUCACUUAUAUUAACUCUCAUACUUCCAGUGGCAUCAUCUGCAUGUGUUCAGACUCUGAUCAGCUCUCCUAACAUCUCUUCAUC